AGCUCCCCCAGUUGGAAGAAACUUCCAUAUUUGGAGUCCUCUUUGCGUAGGCGGAAGGACAGAAAUGAAGGGCGAGAGCAUGUUGCUGUUGUUUGGAGACCAAGGAGAAGCCGAGGCCGCCUUGGUAGACAGGCGAGACUCGCGAGACAUGGCCAGCGACGAAGACUAUGCCAAGAAGCAGGCGAGCCAGAACCGUCAGUCCAGGAAGUUCAAGGUGUUCAUGGUGGCCCUCAUAAUCGUCGUCAACGUCCUCGCCGUCUACGUCUUCACCAGCUGGCCGUCCAGGCUGGACCUCAACCGGAUAUCCACCUACACCCAGCGCAUCUCUCUGCCUCUCCCCUGCGACACCGCCCCUCUUAUCAGCGACCUCAACUUCACUCGCGCCCAGCUCUACUCCACUCACUCCCGCAUCGCCGAGCUCCACCAGCACCUCAACUCCGCCAACGCCCUCAUCGAAUCCCUCCUCACCCAGCUCACCCGCCUCAAUGAGCAACAGCGCUCGUCCGACGGCCCCAACUACCGCACCGACCUCUUCAGCGCCACCAAUUUGCCGGAGGAGCUGAGGCUGGCCAUCGGCCCCCACAAGCUCCCGCUCGGCCACUCCCCUAGGGUCGGCUCUGAUGUGGUGCUCCCGCCUGUAGGGGCCGCCUGCCUCAUGUUCAGGGAGGAGCUGGCCCAGUACAUGUCGUACCAGGUCGGAGCCGAGUGCCCUGUGGAUGACGCCCUGUCCCAGAUGCUCAUGGUCAAGGGAUGCGAGCCUCUCCCCAGGAGGAGAUGCCACCCGAAAACUCCCGCCAGUUACGCGGAGCCAAUCCCGUUCCCACAGUCCCUGUGGACGACCCCGCCCGACAGCAGCAUUGCGUGGGACGCGUACCAGUGCAAGAGCUACCAGUGCCUCAUCGACCGGAGGGACAAGCCUGGGAUCUUCGACUGCAAGGACUGUUUCCACCUGGAUGGAAGAGAGAAGCACCGUUGGACAUUCGACAACGGCAAUAUCGACUUUGGGAUCGAUCAGGUUCUGGCCACCAGGCCUCCGGGCACCAUUCGGAUCGGCCUAGACAUUGGGGGAGGGAGUGGGACAUUUGCGGCCAGGAUGAGGGAACGGAAUGUGACCAUCGUCACAACCACGAUGAAUUACGACGGCCCCUUCAACAACUUCAUCGCGUCCAGGGGUCUGAUCUCGAUGCACAUGACCGUCGCGCAGAGGCUGCCCUUCUUCGAGAACACGCUGGACAUAGUGCACUCGAUGCAUGUCCUGAGCAACUGGAUCCCGGACAGGAUGCUGGAGUUCACUCUGUACGACAUAUACAGGGUGCUGAGGCCAGGCGGGCUGCUCUGGCUCGACCACUUCUUCUGCCUGGGGCCGCAACUCAACAGGACAUACGUGCCAAUGAUCGAUGGGGUCGGGUUCAAGAAGGUGAGGUGGAACGUCGGGAGGAAGGUCGAUCGCGGAGGGAACGAGUGGUACUUCUCUGCGCUCCUGGAAAAGCCCACGAGUUAGAUCAGUUGAUCCACCCACGCCACUCAAAGCAGAGUAACCAAAUCUUCUCUCUUUUUUCCUUUCUUUAGUUUCAAAUUGAUUUCUUGUUUAUGUUUACAAUAAUAUCAAAUGCCACCAGCACUUUACGUCUAUGUCCCCAUGUUAAACAAGAUUAAUAGGACCAAUUACUUGUAAUGGAGAAACAAGAAUGUAGCUGAGAGUUUGAUUCCAUUUCUUUUUACUUUGUGUAGCAUCAUAUCUCAUGGGGUACUC